AAUAAAAUUCCAAAUAAUUUUAAACUGCAAUUUAACGAAUACAUUCCACCACAUGAAACAUUAAAAAUCAAUUUCAAUAAUGAUUCAAUAUUUUAUGCAAAUAUUGCUACCUUGGCAAAUCCAACAAAAUUUCACAAAUUUAUAAUUGACUCCGCAUCAUGUAACAAUUUUGUAAGAUGGGAUGUGGUUAGUAAUAUGCGUUUAACUAACAUUGAUUUCAACGAUAGAAUUUCCAUUAGAGGGGUUCAUGGAAUAGCAGAAGAUACAGUAGGAUCUGUAAAUAUGAUUUUAUUGAUAGGAAAUUCAAAAUACGAGGAAAAGUUUUACAUUUUGAAGCAUUUUGCUGAUGUUGCAAUUCUUGGAGCACAUUUUCUAAAGAAAUACACCUUAUAUAUUAGUCAAAGUUUCGACAACAUAGUUUUACGAACGCCUGACACAAAUAAUAUGCAAUAUAAUAAUCAUGAAAUGACCAAUUUAUUUAGAAUCAAUGACAUUGAAAAUAUAAACAAAGUAAAUAUCGCAGGUAUUGAAGCAAAUAGUUAUGACAAUUUUAAUACAAAUUAUGAUGAAAAUAAUGGAAAUAAUUAUGAUAAUGACAAUGGCUGCAAUGGCAGAAUCCAACCGUGCAUUGAAGAGUAUUAUGGUGAUCAAAUUGAAAUUGAUGAUGAUAACCAAGAUUACCCAAAAGAGAUGAAUUUAGAAAAUGAUCGGGAUUAGGAUGUGAUUGAAAACAUGAAGCAUGAGAAACUUACAGGCAAUGAAAGAAUGAGAAAAAUUUAUGAAUUGGUUAAAACAGACCACUUGAAAGGCGAUAUCAAUCAAGAAAUUAAUAAUAUUUUGAAUGAUUUUAAUGAAAUAUUUUAUUUAGAGGGUGACGAGUUGACUUAUACCAAUUUAACCAUGCACGAUAUAGAGACAACAACUGAAAUUCCAAUUAAUAAAAGACAAUAUAGAUUUCCUGAAGCUACCAAGAAACACGUAGAAGAACAAGUGGAAGAAAUGCUAAAAUUAGGGAUAAUACGCCCAAGUAAAAGUCCGUGGAAUGCACCGGUAUUAUGCAUCCCAAAGAAAGACUUAGACGCCGAAGGCAAUAAACGCUACAGAAUUGUAGUGGAUUUUCGAGACCUAAAUACAAUUACUAAACCAUUUGUGUACCCUAUACCGCUUAUUAGCGAAAUUUUGGACAGUAUUGGAGAAGCUCGAUAUUUCUCAACCAUUGACUUGAAAUCAGGAUUUUAUCAAAUCCCAAUUAACCCAAAGGAUGCUGCGAAAACCGCUUUUUCAACAUUUUUAGGACAUUAUGAAUUUUUAAGAAUGCCAAUGGGACUGAAAAAUAGUCCAUCAACAUUUCAAAAAUUUACAUUCACACUUAUUUAUGAAAUACAACCAGUUAAUGCGUUUGUAUACUUGGAUGAUAUUAUUGUAUUCGGUAGAACUAUCGAAGAACACAAUGAAAAUUUAUAUAAAGUUUUGAAUGCAUUACAUGAACAUAAUUUAAAAGUUGAACCAUCAAAAUGUAAAAUUUUACACAAAGAAGUCAGAUAUUUAGGUCAUAUUAUUAAUGAAGAAGGUAUUCGACCAACUAGUGAAAAUAUUGAUACAAUCAAAAACAUGAAAAGGCCGCAGACGAUUAAAAAUGUGAGAUCAUUUUUGGGAACUAUUAAUUUUUAUGGAAAAUUUAUUCCAAACAUUGCAGAUAAACGUAAGCCACUUAAUGCAUUAUUAAAGAAAAAUGUGAAAUUUAUUUGGACACAAGAAUGUGAAAAUGCUUUCGAAGAAUUAAAGAACUAUUUAAUUUCAGAACCAGUUUUAGUUAGACCGAACUACAAUGACAAAUUUGUUUUGACAACUGAUGCUAGCGAUUAUGCUAUCGGAGCAGUUCUUACUAAUGAGAAAUCAAAUGAUCACCCUAUCGCUUACGCAAGUCGUGCGCUUAUCGGGGCAGAAAGAAAUUAUUUUACUAUCGAGAAGGAACUACUAGCUAUUGUUUGGGCAGUAGACCACUUCAAACAUUUUAUUUAUAACCAAGAUUUUAUCGUUUACACAGAUCAUAGACCAUUGGUAGCUCUAUGGCAUUUGAAGGAAACUUCUCCAACUUUGACAAAGCUUCGUUUGAAAAUCCAAGGCAUUGGAUGUGAAAUUCGUUACAAGCAAGGAAAGGAAAAUGUGGUUGCAGAUUUUCUCUCACGUUUAAAUAAUGAUGAAGAUCAUGCAGAUGAUAAACAAGCAUCAAAAUUAGUAGCAAUUACAACUCGUCAACAAGCAAAACAAAAUAGACAAAAUAUUUCAGAUAAUCAAAACACAACAAAUACUUCAAACAGAAAGAAUUUAUCUAGAAACAAUACUAAUUGGAAUAAUAAUAUGAAUGGACUUCAACAAAUUGACAUAAAUUUAGAUAAUGACGAUGAUAGCAACGAUAAAACAUUUACCUACAAGGAUUUCCAAGAUACAGAUAUCGAUUUUACCGUUUUAAAAUUUUCUAAAAAUAUUAUACCAUUUGAACAAGCCGAAGCUACAUUUAUGAUAUUAAACAGUGUUACGGUACACAAAGAAUUGAGUAAAUACAUUGACCUUCCACAUGGGAUUAAGGAUUACACCAAUGAAAAUAUAUUUGUAUUCCCGCAAAAGAAAAUUUGGGGUUUAAUUUUGAAUGGAACAUAUCGUUCAGCAGUUAAGAAUGAAGAAUUUUUCGAUGGUUUAUUAAAAUGCUUUGAUGAUUAUCCUGAUUUUGCUAAAGAUGCAUCAGUUAUACAAAUUAUUUCUCAUAGAAUAUUUAAAACAGAGUUGGAACUAAACUUAUUACGAUUUUUUGCAAUGAAACUUUCAAAGUCAUUUACACUAUAUGCAACAGAAAAUGAACGAAUUUAUGUAAAGCCAGAAGACAGAGAUCAAGUGCUUAAAGAUUUUCACGACGCACCGUUGGGUGGUCAUGUCGGAGGUAAACGAAUGAUUAAAAGAAUGACUCCUCUUUUUACAUGGGAAAAUAUGCGAAGAGAUGUUUUGAAUUAUGUAAAGCAAUGUGAUUCUUGUCAAAAGAAUAAAAUAUGGCCAGCAAAUAAGAUGCCAAUGAAAAUUACGACAACAUCGUAUGAACCCUUUGAUAAAAUUUAUAUGGAUGUGGUUAUGUUACCAAUUUCUAAUAAUGGAAACAAUUGUGGUCUUGUGAUACAAGAUGAUUUGACAAGAUUUUUGAUUGUAGCUCCCAUGGAAAACCAAGAAAGUACUACUGUUGCUAGAACUUUUGUCGAAAACUUUGUUUGUAAAUUUGGUGCUCCUAAAGAAGUUGUAACCGAUCGAGGUACAAACUUUGUAAGCAAAUUAUUGCAACAUACAUGCAAAAUAUUACACAUUAAAAAGAUCGUUACAAGUGCAUAUCAUCCUCAAGCUAAUUUAGUUGAGAGAUCAAAUAGAGAGUUAAAAAUUUAUUUACGAAAUUUUAUUGGCAAAGAUCCACAAUGUUGGGAUGAAUUGAUACCAUAUUUUAUGUUUGAAUACAAUACUACAGAAAAUUCAUCAACUGGAUAUUCUCCCUAUGAACUUUUGUAUGGAAGAAAAGCUACAAUACCAAGCACAAUUUAUAAAAUCAAUGAUUCAGAUUUAAAUUAUGACGACUAUAUUUGUUCAAUGAAAGAUAUAUUCAAGGAUGCUCAUGAAACUGCUAGAAACAACUUAAUAUUGUCAAAAGAAAAGAGAAAGGAAAUUUAUGACAAAAAGACAAAUGAUUGGGUACCAAUGUGGGGAGAUAGAGUUUUGGUACAAAUGGUACAAACAGGAAUUGGUCAAAAGUUACAAAAUAAGUGGCGAGGCCCUUAUGAUAUCGUUAAAUUCAACAGCGAUCAAACGACCACUAUUAAAAAUGGAAACAAAUUUGAAGAUGUACAUAAUAAUAGACUAAGAAAAUAUAAUGAUUAACAUAUCACUAAAUGAUAGUUCAGAAUGUACCCGUAUUAAAAUACAUUUAACAUAUUUUUAACAAUAUACAAUUAACAUAAUUUAAAAUUAAAUGCUCCAAUACAAGACAAAUAUUUUUGACAAUUACAGUACCAUUAAAAUAAAGUAAAAAAAAAAUAAGCGAGUUAUGCAAUGAAUGACAUAGUAUCAUAAACGAUCAAUAUCUAAAGACUGCAAUGAAUUAAAAUAUUUAUUUUAACACACGGGAUUAUUUAUGUACAUUAAAAAAAAAAUAAUAAUAAUAAUAAACUUAUUGAACUGAUAUGAUUGAUGAAUUAGAAAAAAAACGAUUGUUAUCAAGAGAACUAAAUGAAUCAAACAAAUGUGUUAUAAAUACCGAUUUUUUAUAUAGAAAAAUAAACAUGAAAAAAGAAUAUAUGAUUGAUUUGAUAUGAUAAAUGAAUGUUGAGUUAAACAAAAUAUGAAUGAUCAUUUAAAAAAAAAAAAGAAAUGCGCAAACAAGAAUGUUAUGAAUUGUGAUGAAAGAUGUUUUACAAAUGAUAAAAUUGAUGGGAUUUAAACAAGAAACAGAUUAAGAAAAAUACCAGUACUGAGUUUAUACAUAAUUUUUUUUUUGACACGUGAAGCGAUUAUGAUCAAAUAUAAACAUAAUAAUGAAGCAGUGAUGAAACACGUUAAAACAAUUAAGAAGCUGUUGGGUUGCAAUUUUGGGAAUAUACUUAAUUGAGCUAAAAUGGGUUAACAGGGUAUUAGAAAAACAAUGACGCAAUUUUUAACUACAAAUAAAAACAAAUCAAACGGACUGAACAAUAAUGAAAUUUGAACGACAGGCAAAUGAAGAUGGUGUGAUUAUUAAAUGUUUCAAAACAACAUGUAUGCAAGUAAGAAUGUGUGUGAGAAUAAUUGGACAAGGGAGGUGCACCCCAGAAUGAAUGUUGAAUAAUGUCAUACGCUUAUACGAAGGAUUUACAGGAAACCAUUGGAAAACAAUCAAGAAGACAACAAUAUCAGCAAGGACGCUUGCAAAGACGAAUAUGGACUACAGCUCAAGAAAGGGUAAAAUUUGUGAGUACAUCGUGGGGAAUCUAAAAAGAUCGGAAAGAACGGUAUAAGUUCCGAUCUAGGGAUACAUAAACUGAUAAAGCAACGCCAAAGGGAUUAAAAAGUAGACAAUUGUACUCUAUGGGGAGAGUUUUAUGUCGAAUAAAGCUUCAAACAGUUGUAAUCCAUGGGGGGAUUCAAUAUGUUAAAAACAUUUCAAAACAUUUGCACUUUACGGGGAUAGUCAAAUGAAAAUUAAAGGGAAUGGAUAAAUAACGCUUCAAGGGAAAAUCAAGGGAUAAAAUAAUGCUUCAAGGGAAAAACACCUUUAAACUGAUAAAAUUCAGAGGAAAAAAAUCAGAUCGUUAUCAUUAGAAUGAUAAUUGAACCAACUAAUUAUCUUGCAAAUUCAGCAUUUAUUGCAAAUUGCUAAAAUAAACAAAUUAAUUUAAUGGGUUUGACAAAUUUGAAAACACAAAGUGAUGUACAGAUUUCAUAAAAAGUUGGAAGAACAGAAUGGAUAUUUUAACAUACGCAGUAUUGCAAUGACAAGAUGAUAGGAUGUAUAGAUCAAUGAAAAACUUUAUAGAGUAAUUUUUUUUUAUUCAAGUAUAAAAAUAAUAGUCAAUUAGAACUGAUUUCUUUUUGUAUUAAAAAUAAUAGAACUGAUUUCAUAUAAAAAUAUCAACAAGAUUUAUAAAAUUGUAAGUAAAUUUUAAUUUCAAUUUUGCACAUAAAUUAAAUGAUAGAUUCCUGAAAAUUAUAAAAUAGUAUUCAUGCGAAGAAAACAAGUAAGAAAUUUGUGUGGGAGAAACAAAACUAAAAAACUGAAGUAUGGCAGAGACACAAGGAUGAUCGACGCGUUCGUAUGCUGAGAAGUUCUACGCGUUCGUAUGCAGAAGUUUGUGAUGGCAAGAUGGUGAGUGGCAAAGUCAUGCGGGAGGUUGGACAGGUAACGGUGUUGAUGUUGUUGUAAAAGGUCAUAUCAAUGAGGAUCAAGUCGAAUUAAAACGCUAGUUUAGUAACGAGACAUUCACGUAAAACAAAUUACUAAAUCGAAAUGUGGAUUUAAGCGAAGUAAAGAUGAUUGAAAUGCGAAACAUCAAUUAUGGAACAAAAAUGCAAGUUGAGAUCAUACUGCACGUCUGAAACUAUUGAAAAGGAGAAGAUCAUGAUAAACAAAUGAUAACAUCAUCCGAUGUCAUUAAUUUACAAAAGCCAAAGUUGCAAAUUAAACGAAAAGACAAUUUUGGACAAACAACAUUUCCUAAACAUUUGAAAAAAGAAUUACAUCAACCGAUGUCAAUAAUUUGAGAUUGUCAAAGAUACAAAGCAACUGGAAAAGUCAAUUUUGGACAAAAAAAUACUGGAUUUACGAACAAUUCACAAUACUCAGCAAGUGAGAAGUCAAUGCACUCUCAAAAUUGACCACAGUCAACUCACAGUUGAGUUAUGAAGCAUAAUUCAUGAUGGAAACGACAAUUGCACUAAUCGACGAAAUUCAACACCUUAGCCUCGAAAACUGAUCAAUUGACCAAGUCACUGUGGAAUGAAUAGCCUCACGAUAGAGACGAUUUUUGAUGGAAGACGACGACGAUAACAACCAGCCGAUCAACACAGUUCUACAACAACAACAAAUUUUGCUUACAGUGGGAAAAAUGCAAUUAAUUUUUUAGGAGAGAUAAUGAAAAUUAAUUUCAAAUGCAAGUUUAUUUAAAUCAGUUUAAACGAAAAUAUUUUUACAAGAGAAGUUCAAAACAGUAAUUCAAGUAAUUUAACAGGACAGAAGAUCAAAAGAGUAAUGAAAAUAAUUUUACAGUAGAAAAAUCAAAAGAGCAAUUAUAAUUAUAAAGCAAUUUACAAGAAAGCACAAGAAGAACAAAUUGUAAACCGCACGAUCACUACACCCGACAAUAUUCUUUCCAUAGAUGAUCAUUUCUUUCAGACGAUCAUCUAGCUGAUAAGUGUGGGGGAGAUUAACCGAACCAAUUUUUUUUUAAAUAAAUUUGUUAUAGCCAGCCAUUUAAGUUUUUUUUAUGAUUUUUUGCAAGGUAUUUUUUUUUACAAUUUAAAUUAUUAAUUUUGGGAAUUUUCUUCCAACCUUCAAAUAACUUUCGAUAGAUGUUCUUAAUGCUUUUCAAGAAUACAAACAUCUAGCUGGUAAGUGUGGGGGAAUGCAGCGACCUCAAAUUUAAAUCAUUAAAUUUGUCCAUUUUUCGAUCCUCACCACAGUUCUGACCAUGCGCGCUUACGCAAGCAUAAAUAAUUUUACCCGUCGACUCGCGUUGCGCGACAAAUAAUUAAGCUUAUGUACAGGUGUGGAUCAUGAGUCAUCCUCACCUGAAUAGCCCUUUAUUGAAUUUCGCCAAUUGUUAGGCAAUUAAAAAAAUGGUUAAGCUUUCAAUUAUGAAUGUGCGAUGUUAUUACACAGGGGAAAUUGAGGGUGUGGCUUAACCAAAUUCAUUGGCAUGUUUGUUCAAUGGAAAAUUCGACCUCCUCAUUAUUGACCAACAUUUUUGAGAAUGUUUUAGGAACAUAAUUUUGAAAUUCCAAUAACAUAAUUUAAAGUUUCACGACAAUGGUUCGAACCCAUGACUUCCGAUUUUGAGGUGUACUCACUACACCAUACGGAAAGUCAUGAAGAAUUGCAGAGGUCUGCAUAAUUUAAUUCAUGAGGUUCAUCGAUGCUUCUCAUCGAAACGGACCACUUUUAGUAGAACAAAAUUUAGUAGAGUUUUCGGGGACUGACUAUAAAAACCCCAAAAUUCUUGAGGAGGGCAGUUAGUUCCAGUCAGUUCCAGCCAGUUCAAGCCCAGUCCAGUUCCAGAUCCUGAAGAAGCCCCAGACCAGCCGGACCCGCCAGCAGCCACCAGUAGCAGAGGCCCCAGUCCAGCCGGACUUAGCGGUGGAGGCCGCAGUCCGCCGGGACUUAGCCGCUGUGAAGAGUCCGCCGGGACUUAGCCGCUGUGAAGAGUCCGCCGGGACUCAGCCGCCGUGAAGAGUCCACCCGGGACUUAGGAGUUCGGGUCUGGCAUGGCUCGGCGAAGAGGUCUGGAGGACAAGUCUGGCUUCAACGUAGAGAACUGGUUCGACGAAGAUCUCAAUGCAAAGUGAUGUGAUCGUGCGCGUAAAAGUUGAGAGUGUUACCGCAAAAAUGUAAUCUUUAAAAAGUGUAAUAUACAAAUAAGUGAAGUUUA